AUUCAGCGAAGGUUUGGUGAUGUGGACCGACUAGGAAUCAGUCUCGCCUGAUUUCAGCUGUGGAAUGCACUCUGGGGAAAUGCGUUUUGGGAAGAGACGCGUUGUUUAUUACGCAUUUGGAUACAACGGGACGAUGUGACGCUUCUGUUGGUAUUCUGGAUGCGUAACUUUUCUUCACGUGUGCGCGGUGUGGUCGCGAAAACUCACAUGGCAGAUCUAGAUAACAGGAAUCCACGGCGGGCAGCGGGAGAGGAGACGAGCUCCGGCCGCCGUCAGAGGAGGGUAGCAGCGGUCAGCGCUCCGGCUCUGUGCGCCGCGCGUCUCACCCUACCUGGAGUCAUGGACGCAGAGGGGAGGGUCGACGAGUCCAGACUGAGGAUGCACAUCUUCAAAAACGGCGGCGUGCCUCCCUCUGAGCGCGGCCUGGCUUGGCGUUUUCUCUUCGGGAUGUACCCGUGCAGCUCGACGCCUUCAGAGCGCUCUCUGCUGCAGGAGCAGAUGGUCGUACGUUACCGGGUCAUGAAGAGAAAGUGGCAGCAGUUUCUUCCAUCAGCCGUACGGAUGCACCUCAACGGCACUGACGCUGAGUUGGUGGCAGCCGUCAGGUACUUCGACCAGAGGCAGGUUCAGGUCCAGCAGCAGACCCGCUACCAUUGUGAGGAGGUCUGGGACAGGCAGGCUUUCUUGAAGCUUCAAGCACAGAUUUUAUUUGAGCGGGUCACAUUUGACCACGAGGAACUGCAGGAAGCCAUACGAAUCAUUGACAAGGAUGUUCCCCGAACCAACAGAGACCUGAGCUAUUACCAGGAUGAAGGUUUGGGCAAUCUGUUGGUGUUGAGAGACAUCCUCAUCACUUAUGCUGCUUUUCAUCCAGAGGUCACCUACGCUCAGGGAAUGAACGACCUGUGCAGCCGCUUCCUGGAGGUUCUCGACUCGGAGGUGGACACUUUCUGGAGUUUUUCCUGCUACAUGGAGAAAUUCUCCCGAGACUUCAGGGCUGAUGGUCUUCACAGAAAAAUAGAGCUGGAGGCAGCUCUGCUGAAGGAACUGGACCCUCUGCUUUAUACUCAUUUGGUCAAAGACAGCAUGGAGAGCCUCGCAUUCUGCCACAGGUGGCUACUGCUGGGCUUCCAAAGGGAGUUCGAACACAGCGAUGCACUGCGUUUGUUUGAGAUCCUGAGCUGCGACCACCUGGCGCUCAUCUCCCAGCAGGUCGACCGAGCGCGAUACCAGGAGAGACUGACACGGAAAUACAGCUCAGAAGAAGAUUCAGAGUCAGAGCUGCAGGCUGUCAACACUGACUUCACCUUUGAGCUCUUUAUUUGUGCAGCCAUCCUGCUAGAAAACAGAGAGGCGCUAAUGCGGUGCCGAGAUGACGUCCAGCUCAUCCAGUUUGCCAGCAGCCUGCAGGGAACACUGGACCUGAACAGCACGCUGAAGAACGCAGAGUAUCAUUUCUACAACUACUGCAAGCGCUGUGCUUGGGAUUAUAUGAAUGGACGCUGCAGAGUAUACAGGAGCAAGAACGAGGACUUCUUCUAUCAACUCCGCAGUUUAUUUGUUUUAAAAUGAUGGCUGUUAUUUAAAUACCUGAUCUCACAAACUGUAAUUUUAUAGCUGAGGACAUGUAAUCCCCAUUUGCAGUCUUGAGCACACUGUCUUACUUUGUAUUUCUGAGGGAAACACACUGAUGGCUGCUUUUUUUUUUUUUAAACAUGUCUGCUGUUGUACAGUAUUUAUUAUAUGAAAGUUGACCAACUGUGAGUCAUUUUGUUUGCUCUCCUGAACUGCCACGAACAUGGAAAGCUGAAGCCUAAUAUUUCAUUACCUCAGAAUAAGAGCUUUAGCUGAUGUUUUUUUUUUUCCAGGUUGUGCAAUAUUCAGCUGCUGGCAGUGUGUAAAUACUAUGAUGUGGAGUGUCGCAACAGGUGCUGCCUGUAACGUUCUGCAGUUAUAUUUAAUGCCGGGUGGGCGUCAGUGAGGCCUAUGUAACAGGAAUAGAUGAGCUCUGGCAGAGGGACCACGCACUACUGUGUCUUAAACAGAGAAUGAAACACAUUUACAAUAUUAAUUGCAUAAAAAUAAAACCACUGGAAGAUUAUU